GGGCGCUGCAUUCCGCAGGCGCUGCGGGGCCGCCUCCGCCCCUGCCUCCUCCCCGCGGCCGCCCCGGCCGCUCCGGGGGAUGUUCCGCCGUUCCUCCGCCGCCCGAGCCCCGGUCCCGGUCCCGGUCCCUCGCAGGCUACCGCCGGGGCUGCUCCGACCCCGAACCGCCCGUGGGUCCCGGUCCCCGGCGAGCCCCCGCCGCGCCCAGCGCCCUGCGCCAUGGCCCUGCGCCUCCUGCCAUGGGUGCUGCUGGUGUUGUUGGGCUCGCUGCUACCCGGGCAGGGCUUGCAGGCCAACCCUAUGUUGGCUUCCGAGCCUUCCCGGAGACACCCGGCACCGGUACCGGGAGGGGAACCCGGGGGUAUCACGGCCGCGCCGCCGCCGGCCACGGCGCAGGAGAUGCACCCGCUGAACAAGCAGGCGGCCAACCACUCGGGCGAGGGGCACGCCAAGCCCCGCAAAGCCUUCCCCGUGCUGGGCAUCGACUACUCGCACGUCCGCAUCCCCUUCGAGAUCUCCCUCUGGAUCCUGCUGGCCUGCCUGAUGAAGCUGGGUUUCCACGUCAUCCCCUCGGUGUCCAACAUCGUUCCCGAGAGCUGCCUGCUCAUCGUGGUGGGCCUCCUGGUCGGCGGGCUCAUCAAAGGGGUGGGCGAGAAGCCCCCCAUCCUCAGGUCCGAGAUCUUCUUCCUCUUCCUCCUCCCGCCCAUCAUCUUGGACGCCGGCUAUUUCCUCCCCCUGCGCCAGUUCACCGAGAACCUGGGCACCAUCCUCAUCUUCGCCGUGGUGGGGACGCUCUGGAACGCUUUUUUCCUGGGCGGGCUGAUGUACGCCGUGUGCCAGAUCGGUGGCAGCGGCCUCAACCACAUCGGCCUCCUGGCCAACCUCCUCUUCGGCAGCAUCAUCUCGGCCGUGGACCCGGUGGCCGUGCUGGCCGUCUUUGAGGAGAUCCACAUCAACGAGCUGCUGCACAUCCUGGUCUUCGGGGAGUCCUUGCUGAACGACGCCGUCACCGUCGUCCUCUACCACCUUUUCGAGGAGUUUGCCAACUUUGAGCAGGUGACCAUUAUCGAUAUCAUCCUCGGCUUCCUCAGCUUCUUCGUGGUGUCACUGGGCGGCGUCUUCGUGGGCGUCAUUUAUGGGGUGAUUGCUGCCUUCACCUCCCGCUUCACCUCCCACAUCCGAGUCAUCGAGCCCCUCUUCGUCUUCCUCUACAGCUACAUGGCCUAUCUCUCUGCUGAGCUCUUCCACCUCUCUGGCAUCAUGGCGCUCAUCGCCUCCGGCGUGGUCAUGCGGCCCUACGUGGAAGCCAACAUCUCCCACAAGUCCCACACCACCAUCAAGUAUUUCCUCAAGAUGUGGAGCAGCGUGAGCGAGACCCUCAUCUUCAUCUUCCUGGGUGUCUCCACUGUGGCCGGCCAGCACUACUGGAACUGGACCUUUGUCAUCAGCACGCUGCUCUUCUGCCUCAUCGCGAGGGUUUUAGGCGUCCUGGUCCUCACCUGGUUCAUCAACAAGUUCCGAAUUGUGAAGCUGACGCCGAAGGACCAGUUCAUCAUUGCCUACGGGGGGCUGCGGGGAGCCAUCGCCUUCUCCCUCUGCUACCUCCUCGACUACGAGCACUUUGACAUGAGGGACAUGUUCCUCACGGCCAUCAUCACGGUGAUCUUCUUCACAGUCUUCGUGCAGGGCAUGACCAUCCGGCCCUUGGUGGACCUGCUGGCUGUGAAGAAGAAGCAGGAGACGAAGCGCUCCAUCAACGAGGAGAUCCACACGCAGUUCUUGGAUCACCUUCUGACGGGGAUUGAGGAUAUCUGUGGCCACUAUGGGCAUCACCACUGGAAAGACAAGCUGAACCGCUUCAACAAGAAGUACGUGAAGAAGUGCCUGAUUGCAGGGGAGCGCUCCAAGGAGCCCCAGCUCAUCGCUUUCUAUCACAAGAUGGAGAUGAAGCAGGCAAUCGAGCUGGUGGAGAGCGGGGGUUUAGGCAAGAUCCCCUCUGCUGUCUCCACAGUCUCUAUCCAGAACAUCAACCCCAAGACCCUGCCCGCGGAGCGCGUCAUUCCAGCCCUGUCCAAGGACAAGGAGGAGGAGAUCCGGAAAAUCCUUCGCAAUAACCUGCAGAAAACCAGGCAGAGGUUGCGAUCCUACAACCGGCACACGCUUGUGGCCGACCCCUAUGAGGAAGCCUGGAACCAGAUGCUCCUGCGGAGGCAGAAAGCCCGGCAGAUGGAACGAAGGCAGGCGAACUACCUGACGGUGCCGGCUCACAAGCUCGACUCGCCCACGAUGUCCCGGGCUCGCAUAGGCUCAGAUCCGCUGGCCUACGAACCCAAACCGGACUCGGAGAACCUGCCCAUCAUCACCAUCGACCCGGCCUCCCCGCAGUCCCCGGAGUCCGUGGACCUGUCGAAUGAGGUGCCCAAGGGCUGCGGCGGCCUGCCGCCCUCGCCCGAGGAGGAUGAGGAGGGGCUGGUGAUGCGGGUGAAGGAGCCUUCCUCCCCGGGCACUGACGAUGUCUUCACCCCGGGGACCAGCGACAGCCCCAGCAGCCAGCGGAUGCUGCGGUGCCUGAGCGACCCGGGGCCUCGGCCGGAGCCGGAGGAAGGGGAGCCCUUCAUCCCCAAGGGGCAGUAGCAGCGGGCGCGUGAAGCCUCACGCAUCUCCGUCUGGUUUCUCUCUCUCUCUUUGUUUGUUCUUCCCUCUUUGACCCCCACCCCUACCUUUUUGGUUCCUCUAUCACUACACGCUGGGUUCUGGAAGGAGAGACCGUCCCAGAUGGAUGGGUUCUGCCCCCACGGCUCUGGCCAGCAAGCCAUGGACUGGCCCCAAGGAGCAGGAUGGAGCCCCUGGGACGGCCGGCGGUGGAGGGGACGGGGCACCCAGCACCGCCUGCCUGCUGUGCCCUGGGGGUGACGGACAAUCUCCCAGGGCCUGGGACUUGUCAGGCCUCGGCAGGGCUUCCCCAGAGGCUGCCCCCAGCGCCGCCCCCACCUGCGUUGACUCAGGACCAGCGAGCGGCUCCUCAGGGUGGCUCUGGCAAGCGCAGCGUGGGCUCUGGCUGGAGAAUUCGGGGUGUCCACGGGGCCUGCCUCGCAGCACGGCUUUGCCUCUCCUUUGCUUCGCUUUUUAUCUGCCUCCUCGCCUCGAUUCUGGAGCGGAGAGCUUGGAGGGGGGAGCCAGGCUCCGCUCAGGGGCUGGGGCACAGACCACCUCCCUCGGCAGCCUCCCGGGGACCGCAGGCUCAUGGCGGCGUCCCCUUGCCUUGGCUGCUUCCCCUGUGGGGCUGGCUGCUGCCCGGGAACACCUCCUCCAGCACUGCAUUUCACGCCGGGUCUUGUUAAAUUAAAUAUCCUAUAGCCAUGCGAGGGGGACCCGGCUCCCCUCUCGCUCUGAGUGGCCCUGCAAGCAUGGGCCUCAAUGCCUCUCGUCUCCUGGAGCUGCUACCUGUCACCCAGCCCUUCGGGGACCCCGCUGCGAGCCGCCACCGAGUGCCCUGGAGGCCUCUGAGCCGUGGCGAGCACCUCCUGCUGCCCUCGCCUGCCUGGCAGCACGGCUCCGGCCCCGUGCACGACCCCUUAAAAUCCCAUGCAGGGGGCAGAGACAGCACCGGGUGCUCCUUAACCAAAGACAGCCUCCGGGUUCGACGUCCGCGGGGAGGUGGCGUGCGGAUGAUUGUAUUUUCUACACGGUUUGGAUGUUUUCCCUUCCCCCACGACCAAGAGGAGCUCGGGAAGAGCUGGGGACUGGCUCCUGCUGCUCACCCAGCACGGGGGCACAGCGGGGCCGGGAGCUGGCAGGAGGGGGCCAGCUGGGGGUGCUGAGGGUCCUGAGCUUGGAACGAGCCCCGAGACUUUGCUGGGAGGGAGCGUUGGGUGUUCAGGUGGCUCGCAGCCCUCCCUGGGCUCAGGACCAUCCCGCGUCGUGCUCAAGCAUGUCAUCUUGUCCCCCGUGUGCCGCCUGGCCCCCACCACGUGCCAUGGGGUGCUCAGCACCCCGGGGGGGGCCAGAGCUGCCUCCCCUUCCUCGUGCCGUGCCUUGUCACGCGUCGUCCCUGUCCUGCUGCCUUCGUGCGCGCCCGUCGCAGGACCCCCGGGCCUUGCCUCGUGCCUGGCCCCGGGGUCUGGCAUCCGCGCGGCUUCCUCCCGCUGGGGCGAGCGCCCGCCGUCGCUGUCUGUGUGUGCCUGCGUGCCCUGCUCUGUCUCCAGGAGGAAAAAAAAAUAAAAGCAAUGAAAAUUCUCUUGUAUAAAAAGGAAAAAAGAAAGAAAAAAAAAAAAACACACACAUGUAAAGAGAAUCUCGUUUUUUUUUUUUUUUCAUGAAUAUUCUAAUAAAUUAAUGUUAAUU